CAACCUGAAGAUGCCACGUCGUCUGAUUCGGCUUCCUCCCUCCUAUAUAAAGGCCUCCAAACCCCUUCACUUCCCACUUUUCGCACUUCGCCUUCUAGAGCUUUCACCGGUCGAAUUCCUCUCUCUCGCUAUCCAGCCCUCCGAGCCAAGUAAGUUUCCCCUUCCUUCUCUACUUUCCCGGUCAUGUCUUCUCUUAGCGAUAUGAUCUCUUCCUCAGAGGACUACUCCUCUGAGGACUCCAACUCCUCUUCCUCGACCGGGUCUUCUUCUCUUGACUCCACGCCCGGUCAGGUUCCCCAAUCCUCUAUUCCCGACCCGCAUCCUGUUAAUCAGAUGCCCGGUGAAACUUUUGUGGGGAGGGAUGACCCGGUCGAUGACGAACCGGGCCCCUACGACCCAGAACACGAAACCCGGGACGCGUGGGAGGAGCGGCUUUAUGCUGCCGGUUACUUUCCACUCCCCACCUUCUACGUCCUCGACAUCUCUUCCCGUGUAUCCAAAAUUGCCUUAAACAAAAUCCGUAGGAGGCUCCCGGAUGGGUAUACCCUCCUGUAUGAACCUAACUGGUCCAACAUCGUUGAACCCCAUCGGGAGGACAGGAUAGGUUUCCACACCAUAUCGCUGGAUGCGGGCAUAGUUUUUCCCCUUCGCCCCCUCCUUAUCGAAGUCUGCCAUGCGUUUAGGAUUUUGCCCGGCCAAAUAACUCCUAACGCCCACCGGUAUCUCCAUUCCUUUGUAAAUAUUUGUACCCACCUGAAAAUCUUCCCCUCUUUGCGUCUCUUCCUUUUUUGCUUCGAAGUCCUACCGGGCGGGAAUGGCUGCGAAGGUUUUGUAUUCUUCAAAGCCCGUACCGGUAGGAAGUUCAUUUCCGAAGUCCCCCAGAGUAACCGGAGAUGGAAGAAAAAAUUUGUUUUCAUCGAGUUUCCCCCCUUUGUCACUCCUUUGGCCGGUCUGAACUGGAACGACCAUCUGCUCGACCAAGAGUACACUGCACCGGCUUCUUCCCCAGACUUGGAAGCGAAUCUUGAGGUCCUCAUGCGCGGGGAUCCUUUCACCGGGAGGAUCUUCCAUUAUGGCAGCUGGGUUUGGAGGGUGGAGUCGGGUGGUGAGGGUACCUCCCAGGCCCAUGAAGCAGCAGGGCGCAGGGUACCCUCCCCGGGCAACACUGCAGAGGCUGAGGGCCAGAGCCACCCAGAUAUGGAGUACGAAGAGUUCGUCAUCCCCGACGACCAACCGGCGGGGGAGACCGGGGGUUCCCAAGCCAACCCUGCCAAAACCUUCCCGGUCCACCAGGAGACCGUGGAGAUUUUGGAUGAGGACGAACCCCAAGAUAACCGGUCCAAGGGGAAGGAGAAAGAGAAAACCGGUCGUCGGACCAAGAAGGUGGCCACCACGCACCCCUCUUACGCCAAGAAGAGGGCAAGGUCGGAUUCUGAGCCGGCCGGCCAGACCGUCGAGGAGGCCUUCGUCAACCUUGGGCUGAGGCUGAGGGAGGUAAGUUGAAUUCCCCUCCCGGUAUGUUAGGUCCCUACUUUUCUCUGAAGUUUAACCGAUUGGUUCACGCAUGCUGCAGGUUGGAGAAAUCGGACCCCUUACAGCUGACCGGCUGGGGUUAGG